UCUCUCUCUCUCUCUCUCUCUCUCUCUCUCUCUCUCUCUCUCUCUCUCUCUCUCUGUGAGUUUAUGUGUCUGCAGAGUGGGGCCUGUGUGCAUGAUGGAUGCAUCUCGAGGAGGAGCUCACGGGGAUGCUGCGAAUAUCAUUAUAAACGAGCAUCAACAGAUUGAAAAUAAGGAGUUUGUUAACAACAAUGCAAAUGGCAACACAGAAGUUCAGUUUUUUCAUGGUCUUCUCCGACGUAUACCUGUAAAUAAGGUGGUAGAAGAGGUAAGAUUGCUUGGGAAGGCAGCUUGUCCAGUAGCAACAACCACUUUCCUUGUGUUUUCAAAGUCCAUAAUCUCCAUGCUAUUCUUAAGCCACAUGGGUAAAACUGAACUAGCAGGAGGUGCUCUAGCCAUCGGCUUUGCGAAUGUCACAGGUCUCUCAAUCAUGAAAGGUUUAUGCAUGGGUAUGGAUCCAAUUUGCUUUCAAGCCUUUGGUGCGAAAAGGUUCUCUGUCCUAAGCCAAAUGCUUGGUCAAGACCGCGUGAUCACCAAGGUGGCAGCCAUGUACUUAACAUUCUCGCUCCCCGAGCUCCCAGCUCUAGCCCACCUCCAACCACUACGGUCUCUUCUACGUGCACAAGGGUUGAACUCACCUGCCACCAUUGUUGCGACUUGUUCCACCAUCUUGCAUCUCCCUAUUAACUACUUCCUGAUUAGUUACUUAAAUUUAGGAGUGAAAGGUAUAGCUAUGGCAUCAACUUGCUUCACAUAUAACAUGAAUAUCGGAUUGUUGAUCUAUAUCUUCAUGUCCAAAGUUGCGAUUAAGCCUUGGGUUGCUAGUAGUAAGACCAGUUUAUUCUCAAUCUUCAAGGGUUGGGGGCCAUUGUUGAGCUUGGCUAUACCUAGUAUGUUUUCGGUCUGUUUGGAGUGGUGGUUGUACGAGAUCAUUCUUUUCCUCAGUGGGUUGCUAGAUAAUCCUCAAUCUUGUGUAGCAGCUACCGGAAUCAUCAUGCAAACCACAGGCGCCAUCUAUGUGAUUCCAUUUUCUUUGAGCCUCAGCAUAUCUCAACGUGUUGGGCACGAGCUGGGUGCAGGCCACCCAGCUCGUGCUCAACGUGCUGCAAUCAUCGGGAUCUCCAUUGCCUUCAUAUAUGGGCUUGUAGUCUUUGGAUCAUCUAUUGCUUUAAGAAAUGUUCUUGGAAAAUUAUACACUAAUGAAGACCAGGUCCUUGCAUUGCUUUCCUCGGCCUUGCCAGUAACAGGCUUAGCGGAGGUGGGUAACUCUCCACAGACAGCUGCUUGUGGUGCAUUAACAGGUUCAGCCAGACCUAAAGUGGGGGUUCGGAUAAAUAUGGCAGCAUUCUACUUGAUAGGGCUUCCAUUGUCAAUCGUUCUGGCUUUUGUUUUGAAGGUAGGUUAUCGAGGAUUAUGGCUAGGGCUGGUUGCAUCACAGGCAGCCUGUGUAUCAUUAAUGGUGUACACGUUGGUGAAAACCGACUGGAGAGAUCAAGCGAAAAGAGCAGAAGAACUGACUUUUGCUAUGAAUAAAGAUGAUGAUACUGAACUAAAUGAACUUGUGCCUUGA